AUGUCACCUGUCCUGAUUCUCCUGACCUUUCUUCUGCCAAGUGGAGCUGGUGCAGAGGAGAUCAUCGGGGGACAUGAGGUUAAGCCCCACUCCCGCCCCUACAUGGCAUUUAUUCAGUUCGUGCGUGAUGAUGGGAAGAAGGGUCGCUGUGGAGGCUUCCUGGUGCGAGACAACUUCGUGCUGACAGCUGCCCACUGCCUGGGAAGCUCCAUGAAAGUCACUCUGGGAGCCCACAAUAUCAAGGCACAGGAGGAGACCCAGCAGAUCAUCCCUGUGGCAAAAGCCAUUCCACACCCGGCCUAUAAUCCCAUGGACUACACCAAUGACAUCAUGCUCUUAAAGCUAGAGAGGAAGGCCAGGAGGACUAAAGCUGUGAGGCCCCUCAAGCUGCCCAGGGUCAAUGCCCAGGUGAAGCCAGGGCAUGUGUGCCGCCUGCCUGGCUGGGGGUCAACAUCUCUCAAUGCCACUAGAGGAACUGCUGUGCUCCAAGAGGCUGUAUUGAUCACUGAGGAGGACCAGAAAUGCAAAUUGUACUUCUCCCACUACUCCAGAGCAACACAGAUCUGUGCUGGAGACCCGAAUAAAAUCCAGUCUGCUUUCAAGGGUGACUCUGGGGGACCCCUCGUGUGUGACAACAGAGCUUAUGGAGUUGUGUCCUAUGGGAAAUCCAAGAGGAUUGCUCCAGGAAUCUUCACUAAAGUCGUGUCUUUCCUGCAAUGGAUAAAAAGAAGCAUGAAGCCCGUCUAGCAAGUGGUAAAACCCAGCUGUGUCUGACCAGCUUGUCUGGACACAGGCAAUACCUUCAUGGAGCACACAGCAAUGGCUGGAAAUUCUAAUAAACUGAUCUCCACAGUGAGUGCAGCUGAA